UGCAUGUGUGCGACUGCUCGGGCGACGACGAUGAUCGCGUAGCGCGAACGUGCCGGAUAGUCCUCCAAGUGUCGUUAGUGCGAGCUAAUGAAAGUUUCGAUGAUGGUCCAAGACCAUCGUGAUCCGAUUUGCCCGUACACAGACAAGCCCUUCUGGAUAAAGGAACCGUGGAUACCUGAGAAAGCUUCAAACCUAUUUGAAGCUUUCGAGGCCUCGUCCAUGGAACUAUGAACCUGGACUCGUUGUCUUUUACUUUGUCACAGAUCAGUUAUUUGGUUGCGUCGAUCGCACGGAAGAACCAUCGGCAGGUCGAAGCCGAGUUGCAAAAGUUGGUGAACCUACAUGGAUUAGAAGCUGAUAGACACUUGCUUCAAUGUCUUUUUCACUCUGUGGACUUCAGUGAAUCAUCAAGCAAGAUUGCAACACCCACAAUCCAUAAUCAGGUUCUCCUAGACUAUUGUUCAACCCUGCUCAACAAGCCAUCAUUGGUCUCGUCAAUUUGUUACAUUACCGACAGUACUUUAAUCAAUCACAAGAGUUUAAAAGUUGGAAGCCAAUUUUUUCCACAAUUGUGCAAGUGCCUUCGCCUAUCAGCUGUCCAAGAAGUGGUCUUUGCACUUGCCCUGCUCCAAUCCUCCAACAAAGAAGUCCUAGCGCACUGCCAAACACACCUGCGCAGCUGUGUGCCGCCGCUGGUCAAGUCCUACGUCGACACUGAGGGCAGCGGCAACCAGCACGAGGGCGGACUGCACGAGACCACACCGGAGGUGCUGCAUAUCAUCCUCUCAGCGGUAUUCACGUGCCCCAAAGAUCUCGGUGUCGCCGCCGACCUACAGGCGGCAUUCCUUAACGCUCUUCAACGCGAUUUUCCCAAGGAGCGCGUACCUGUCGUACUAGCGCCAUUGGUCUAUCCGGAGGAUAGCGAACUCGCGCCGGAGAUGUCGGGCGAGGGCCCGGGUCUUGCCGGCGGCAUCAUGGAUUGCACGAUGGCGGAUCUCAUCAAGGAGCUCGGCUACGGCUUCACUGCUUCACAUGAGGAAUGCCGAAGUUAUCUACUCAAACUAAAUCGCAAUGACAUCACGCCGGCGCAGGUCGCCAAGAUUCUGAUCGUUAUGUGCCGCACAGCAAACGGGCUGGAUGAGUCGUUAAAUAUUCAGACGCCUGGAUCUUUCAACAAGGCGGCUGAUGGCAGGUGUACAUCGUGGAAUGCGGAGGUUUUUGUACAGGCGCUCAUGGAGACCGUGCAGAAUCUUUCGUGGAGCAACGUGAUGUUCGAGCUGGACCAGCCCGAGUUCCUAAUCAGAGAUCGACAAAGUUUGGUGUUUCUAAUAAACGCGCUGCGACUGGGCCUGUCGGCCACCGGUUUUCGGAAUGAGACAUUUCCCGUGGAACAUUUUUACCGGCGUUGGGUGAAUAUUGAAGGCCAACUGAGUCUUUUACAACAGAUUUUGAAAAAUCCGGACGUGUUCGCGUUUUCGGACUAUCCAUGCACGCUGGUGCCGGUAGACUUGCUCAAAACGCCGCCUGAACAAGACACCAAAGAAUUGGCGACGUGGCGGUCAAUGAACGUGGUCGAAGUGUUACUUUCUAUCGCAGAGUGCGGCUGUUACUCGCAAGUGCAGGACUUGUUUAAGUUUCCCAUUCAAAACUGCCCUGAUGUACUAGUUCUUGCGUUACUUAACAUCCAAGGUCCGCUAAAUAUGCUACGCCAGGAACUUCUCACUGUUCUGAUUCCGGUGUUUUUAGGCAACCACGCGAACUCUGCGAUCAUUCUACAUCAUGCUUGGCACUCGCAGAACGGUAGCAUCAAGCCGGCGAUAAUGCACGCGAUGGCGGAAUGGUACGCGCGAGGCGAAGGUGAUCAAGCGCGAUUAUCCAGAAUUCUGGAUGUAGCACAAGACUUGAAGGCCCUCUCUAUGCUAUUAAAUGUACAAUCGUAUCCGUUUAUUAUCGACUUAGCGUGUCUUGCAUCGCGGCGCGAAUACCUCAAGCUAGAAAAAUGGCUACAAGAUAAAAUACGCGAACACGGCGAGAACUUUGUCUCUGCAUGUAUCAAGUUUCUGCAUCGCAGAUGCCCACAAAUACUGGGAAAAAGUGACGAUGCGUUAAAACCCAAUAUGCUGCCCUCUGAAACACUAACGACUAUUGUAAUCUGUUUGCGGAAUACGCAACUUAUUAAUCUAAGUCCAGAGUGCCACGACGCGAUCGCCUCAAUUGCGUCCAACUAUCAGAUUUUGUUAAGUACCCGACAACAACAACAACAGCAGCAGCAGCAACAGCAACAACAAGCGCAACAGACCACCUUGUUGCGGCCACAUCGCGGUAUGGAAGGAUUUAAUCCAUCUAGUAUUGCGGGACCAUUAUUUAGCUCGACUGCGGCCGAAGGAGUCUCAUCUAUAGGCUCAUCAUUGGCGAAUAUGUCCUUGGCUGGCCAAACUAAUUCUGCUUUUACAUUGCAAGGUGGUUUAGGACCUUUGGUGCAAUCACCUGGUUCACCUAAUCGAAUCCUUGCUGGGCCUUCGAACAGCCCUUUUUCGAUUAUGCCAAUGCAACAUCAAGGACCUGUUGGGACUCUCAGUACUUUGGGCCGCAUGGGUCCAAACCCUGUUGGGAUACAAAAAACCGGAAUGCCUGAUAGCACGCUCUUCCCAGAAAUAGCUCCGAAUGUGCCCAAGGACAUCGAGGACGAAGCGAACAGCUACUUCCAGCGGAUAUACAACCAUCCGCCACAUCCGACGUUAUCUAUCGAUGAGGUUCUCGAAAUGUUAAAGCGAUUCCAGGAAUCUCCUAUGAAACGAGAACGAGAAGUGUUCCACUGUAUGCUACGAAAUUUAUUCGAAGAGUACAAAUUCUUUCCACAAUACCCCGACAAAGAGUUGCACAUUACAGCGCAGUUGUUUGGCGGCAUUAUCGAACGUGGACUUGUCACGAGUUACAUGGCGCUGGGCUUAGCUCUGCGCUUUGUUCUUGAUGCACUGCGCAAAGCGGAGGGUACUAAGAUGUACUAUUUUGGUAUCGCAGCGCUGGAUCGAUUUAAGACACGUCUGAAGGAGUACCACAAGUAUUGCGAGCAUGUACGCGCCAUUCCGCAUUUCUCUGACUUUCCGCCACAUUUGAUCGAGUAUGUUGAGUAUGGUUUGCAGAGCGCGGAACCCCCAACUAAACCGCAAGGACCUGUGUUGCCAAGCACAUUAGCAGCGGUUCUCGGUCCUCCACAGGCCGUGCAACCUUAUAAAUCUACUGCAGCAUCUUCCUCGGUGAGCAAAGUUAGCACCAGCUCUGGAACGAGCUUAGGAAGUCGGCCUUCAAUUGCAAACGCCACCAACAUCGAUACGUUGCUUGUAGCAACAGAGAAAGAGGAAAUGAUGUCACCACCUGAACAGAUUCAAGACAAAAUUGCUUUUAUUUUCAACAAUUUAAGCCAACUUAACUUACAAAAGAAAUGCGAUGAGCUGAGAGACGUUGUCUCCGAUGAAUACUGGGCUUGGAUCUCACAAUAUCUCGUCAUGAAACGCGCAUCAAUUGAGUUGAAUUUCCAUCAGUUGUACUCGAACUUUCUGGACGUGCUGAAAGUUCCUGAGGUGAACCGAAUGGUAACGAAGGAAACCUUCCGUAACAUCAAGGUACUUCUGCGGUCCGACAAAGUCAUCGAUAACUUUUCCGACAGAUCUCUGCUGAAAAAUCUUGGCCAUUGGUUGGGAAUGAUGACUCUGGGUCGCAACAAACCAAUUCUACAAGUCGACAUUGACUUAAAAAGCCUUCUGAUUGAAGCGUAUCACAAAGGGCAACAAGAACUGCUCUAUAUCGUUCCGUUUAUUGCAAAGAUUCUAGAGUCAUGCGCAAAGAGCCGAGUUUUCAAAUCACCUAAUCCGUGGACAAUUGCGAUCAUGAAUGUGCUCGCCGAGAUGCAUCAAGAACCUGAUCUCAAGCUCAACCUUAAAUUCGAAAUUGAGGUGCUCUGCAAAACACUAGACAUCGAAAUCACAAAUCUGAAACCGACGACAAUCCUUAAAGAUCCCGAAGUAUUGCGAAAACUUGAGUACCAGUUGCGAACUCAGGCUAUGAAGAAAGAAGGACCACCGCAAUUGACAACGCAGCUAAGCAUUCAAUCUGCAAUGAACGAACCGGAGUUAAAUCAGGUAUCAACACAGGCGGCGAGCACACCACCGGUCGCGCAGAAUAACAGCACCACACCGACAUCGAACGUGGCGGCACCCGAGCCUCGCUUUGCCUACACGGACAUUCAGUUAUCGAACAACGCUACUUUCCAAUCGCACAUCACGAUUAGCCCAGCGAUCCUCCUCUUUCAGGCACAGCCGCAGCUGAAGAGUCUUGUGAAAUCAGCAAUCGAUCGCGCUGUACAAGACUGGAUUGCGCCUGUCGUCGAUCGCUCCAUCAAAAUCGCGCUGCAAACUUGCGAACACAUCAUCCGCAAGGACUUUGCGCUGGAUCCCGAUGAGAAUAGGAUGCGCUCGGCAUCGCAUUACAUGGUGCGCAACUUGACAGCCGGCAUGGCAAUGAUCACCUGCCGCGACCAGCUAUUGACUUCGAUUAACACGCAAUUUAAGGUUGCGAUUAAAUCCGCUUUUAAUUCACCCACCACGCAGCAACGAGAAAUGAUCGAGCAGGCCGCGAGCAUUAUUGCGCAGGACAACAUGGAGUUCGCGUGCGCUUUCAUUCAGAAGACAGCCAUUGAGAAGGCGAUACCUGAAAUGGACAAGAGACUUAUCAGCGAAUUCGAAUUGAGGAAGAUCGCUCGACAGGAUGGACGGCGUUAUUGCGAUGCGGUCGCGUUGACAUAUCAGGCCGAGCGUAUGCCAGAGCAAAUUCGUCUUAAAGUUGGCGGUAUCAGUCCAUUGCAGAUGUCCGUUUAUGAAGAAUUUGCUCGAAAUAUACCCGGAUUCCUGCCGUUGUCUGAACGCGACAGUGCCCUAUUCAUACCGAAACCGACCGUGGUGAUGGAACCUCCACCGACGCACACGACCACAUCGUUCCAGAUGUCACAAUCCGACGAUUUGGUGACGCUCUUCGAGAAGUUGGCGCUUGAGGCCGAUCAAUUCAUCCAGGCCACAAAUGGGCAGGGAAUUUAUGCCACGAUGUACGACUGCAUGGUACUUAUCCGAGAAUGUCUGAUGUUCUCGAUGCACAACAGGGAAAUUGGAUCUAAUAUUGCAACAAUCCAAAAAUGUGUUGAAUCUAUGCAAGAAGCAGCUUUACCCACUUCCGACCCUGUGAACAACAAAUUCAAAGAAAUUAUCGUGCGAAUUUUGAAAUCACUGCAAGAUCCACGUGCCUAUGGCCAGCAGUGGAUUAACAAAAACGUCACUCGAUUCUUGACGGACUUCCGUGAUGAUUCACGCUUCAAUGAAGUUGCGCCCGAGACAUUUAUUCGAGCUGGUUUGGUCAACAUGCCCACCUUUGAUUUGGCCUUAGCGCAAUGCAUGGAAAACGGCCCCAAUUACAGAGCUGUAACACUUGCCACCGUCCUAGUACAAAGUCUGUUAAUCGAUGACAGAUCCAACCAGUAUGUGACAGAAGCUGACUUUGGCAAUACCAUCGAAAUGAUGAUGAAGAUCAAUUCUCACUUGCGACCACCUCCUGAUGCGCUUACAGCGGUCUUGGAGGUGUUACGCCAGCAACAUGAUCAGUCCAUCAUGAGUGAUCGUGGUGGUGGUCCUGUUGUACAGAUUCACAAUGGUAUCCUGCAGGUACGCGCGCCCAACUACGAAGACCCACCCGGUCUCAUGGACAAGACAGAAUACCUCAUCCGCGAAUGGAUCACCAUUUAUAACGCACAGCCCACUGGACGUGACUCGACCAAGGCGUUCAGCCUCUUUGUUCACCAGAUGAACCUGCAAGGUAUUUUGAAGACCGAUGAUCUCAUUACACGCUUCUUCCGCUUAUCCACACAGAUGUGCGUCGAGAUUGUGUAUCGUACCAUGAGUGACCAACCGCUCACCAAUUCGCACAUUCGUGCCAAGUGCUUCAACACCCUUGACGCCUUUGUACGGCUGGUUGCCUUGCUCGUCAAGCAUUCGGGCGACUCCAACAACACCACAACUAAAAUUCAUUUGCUCAAUAAGGUGCUAGGCAUUGUCGCCGGUUGUCUGCUGCAGGAUCACGAGCAGCGCGGAACUGAAUUUCAGCAGUUCCCGUACCAUCGAAUCUUCAUUAUGCUCUUUUUGGAGCUGAAUUCGUUGGAGCCUGUUCUGGAGGCGAUCAAUUUCCAUGUUCUCACUGCGUAUUGUCACACGCUGCAUAUCUUGCGACCGUCGAAAGCCGCCGGGUUCUGUUAUGCGUGGCUGGAACUUGUUUCUCAUCGCGUCUUUAUGGGACGCAUGUUGGCCGCUACACCUCAACAGAAAGGAUGGGCUAUGUAUGCACAACUGUUGAUUGAUUUGUUCAAGUACUUAUCGCCGUUCCUGCGCAACGCAGAACUCGCGAAACCUGUGACGAUGCUCUACAAGGGCACACUCCGUGUUCUUCUUGUCUUGCUUCAUGACUUCCCCGAAUUUUUGUGCGACUAUCACUAUGGAUUUUGUGAUGUCAUCCCACCGAAUUGUAUACAAAUGAGAAACUUGAUACUCUCGGCGUUUCCGCGCAACAUGAGAUUGCCCGAUCCGUUCACACCUAAUUUGAAAGUGGACAUACUGCAGGAAAUUGCUUUCGGGCCGCGUGUCCUCACCAACUUCGCGACAAUGAUUGCACCUGUGACUUUCAAAAAGGAUCUCGAUUCUUACCUGAAAUUGCGCACACCCGUGACGUUCCUCUCGGAACUGCGCAGUAAUCUGCAGGUGUCGAACGAACCCGGCAUGCGGUACAAUAUUCCGCUGAUGAAUGCGCUGGUAUUGUACGUGGGCACUCAGGCGAUUGCUCAUAUCCGUGGCAAGAACCUCACGCCGAAUAUGACAACAAUCGCGCAUAGUGCCCAUAUGGACAUCUUCCAGAAUCUAGCUGUUGAUUUGGACACGGAGGGACGCUUCCUCUUCUUGAACGCAAUUGCCAAUCAACUGCGUUAUCCAAACAGCCACACGCAUUACUUCUCCUGCACACUGCUGCACUUGUUUGAACAGGCCAACACGGAAGCCAUACAAGAGCAGAUUACGCGUGUUUUGCUGGAACGACUUAUUGUGAACAGACCUCAUCCGUGGGGGUUGCUGAUUACUUUUAUCGAACUAAUCAAGAAUCCGACGUACAAGUUUUGGACACACGAAUUUGUUCAUUGUGCAAAUGAAAUUGACAAAUUGUUUGAAUCUGUAGCUCGAUCGUGUUUUGUCCAAAAGGCGUCUGUGCAGGCAGACGGCGACCUGCCCGAGUGAUUGUCGCUGCGCGCAAUCUCAGCAAGCAGCAACAUAUACAUACAUGCAUAACUAAAUAAUUCCAACAUGUGGAUGCGAAAUGAAUUUAUUAAUCAUUAUAAACGAGCAAAUUAAAAAUCGUUGAAACACAAAUGAAUUAUAUUGCGAUUGGUCUGAAUCGAGACUUUAUUUUUAAUUUUUCUUUAUUGGAAAAUUUUCCGUUUUUUUGCUUUACACACACAUUUUUAAUUACUUUUUUGCUGUAACUGGCGGCUUUAUUUUUGGGUUAAAUUAGGCGUUAAGUAGUGUAUAGAAGAAUACAUUAACAUGUAAAAUAUAUAUGAUGAUAGGUAUUUUUAAGGAAGUUUUCAUGUAUUUGUAAUUAUAUAAAUAACUACUAGAUGUAAUAAAAAUAAAUGGUUUUCAAUGUUUUCAGCAUUACAA